GUUUGGUUUGUUUUUUUUGCUCCUGCAAGUUUUCUUCCCUGGAGCUUCCCGCUGGUGGACACCUAACUGCAGCGACUACCACAUCAUCUCAGCCUGUUGAACUCUUCUGAGUAAGAAAAAGGGAGACAGGGUAAGGGAAUUAAGUGGAAGAUUCAGCUUAGUUUAAGGAUGGAGGUGCAGUUAGGACUCGGGAGGGUCUACCCCCGACCUCCGUCCAAGACCUACAGAGGAGCUUUCCAGAAUCUGUUCCAGAGCGUGCGCGAAGUGAUCCAGAACCCGGGCCCCCGGCACCCUGAGGCCUCCAGCACAGCACCUCCCGGCGCCCGUUUGCAGCAGCAGCAGGAGAGCAGCCCCCGGCAGCAGCAACAGGGUGAGAAUGGCUCUCCCCAAGCCCACAUCAGAGGCCCCACAGGCUACCUGGCCCUGGACGAGGAACAGCAGCCUUCACAACAGCAGUCAGCCCCCGAGGGCCACCCCGAGAGCGGCUGUCUCGCAGAGCCAGGAGCUGCUACCGCCGCCGGCAAGGGGCUGCCGCAGCCGCCGCCAGCACCUCCAGACGAGGAUGACUCAGCUGCCCCAUCCACGCUGUCCCUGCUGGGGCCCACUUUCCCGGGCUUAAGCAGCUGCUCCGCCGACCUUAAAGACAUCCUAAGCGAGGCCGGCACCAUGCAACUCCUUCAGCAACAGCAACAGCAGCAGCAGGAGGUAGUAUCCGAUGGUAGCAGCGGGAGAGCUAGGGAGGCCGCUGGGGCUCCCGCCUCCUCUAAGGACAGUUACCUAGGGGGCAACUCGACCAUAUCUGACAGCGCAAAGGAAUUGUGUAAGGCGGUGUCAGUGUCCAUGGGCUUGGGUGUGGAGGCGUUGGAGCAUCUGAGUCCUGGGGAACAGCUUCGGGGAGAUUGCAUGUACGCGCCGCUCCUGGGAGGUCCGCCCGCUGUGCGUAGCACUCCUUGUGCCCCGCUGGCCGAAUGCAAAGGUUCUUUGCUGGACGACGGCCCAGGAAAGGGCACUGAAGAGAUUGCUGAGUAUUCCUCUUUCAAGGGACCUUAUGCCAAAGGGCUGGACGGCGAGGGCCUGGGCUGCUCUGGCAGCAGCGAAGCAGGGAGCUCAGGGACACUUGAGCUGCCGUCCACUCUGUCUCUCUACAAGUCCGGAGCAUUGGACGAAGCGGCAGCGUACCAGAGUCGCGACUACUACAACUUUCCGCUGGCCCUGGCUGGGCCGCCGCCCCCUCCACCACCUCCCCAUCCGCACGCCCGCAUCAAGCUGGAGAACCCGCUAGACUAUAGCAGUGCCUGGGCAGCAGCCGCGGCGCAGUGCCGCUAUGGGGACCUGGGAAGCUUGCAUGGCGGAGGUGCCGCGGGACCCAGCUCCGGAUCGCCCUCAGCAGCCACCUCCUCUUCCUGGCACACUCUCUUCUCAGUAGAAGAAGGCCAGUUGUAUGGACCAUGCGGCGCAGGCAGCGGCGGCAGUGCAGGAGAGGCAGGGGCUGUAGCCCCCUAUGGCUACACUCGACCACCUCAGGGGUUGGCAGGACAGGAGAGCGACUUUUCUGCACCCGAUGUGUGGUACCCUGGCGGCGUGGUGAGCAGAGUGCCCUAUCCCAGUCCCAGUUGUGUCAAAAGCGAGAUGGGACCCUGGAUGGAGAGCUACUCUGGACCUUACGGGGACAUGCGUAUGGAGAAUGCCAGGGACCACGUUUUGCCCAUCGACUAUUACUUUCCACCUCAGAAGACAUGCCUGAUCUGUGGGGAUGAAGCUUCUGGCUGUCACUAUGGGGCUCUCACAUGUGGCAGCUGCAAGGUCUUCUUCAAAAGAGCUGCUGAAGGAAAACAGAAAUACCUGUGUGCCAGCAGAAAUGAUUGCACCAUUGAUAAAUUUCGAAGGAAAAAUUGUCCAUCUUGUCGUCUCCGGAAAUGCUAUGAAGCAGGGAUGACUCUGGGAGCCCGUAAGCUGAAGAAACUUGGCAAUCUAAAACUACAGGAGGAAGGAGACACUUCUAGUGCCGGCAGCCCCACUGAGGAACCAGCCCAGAAGAUGACAGUAUCACACAUUGAAGGUUAUGAGUGCCAGCCCAUCUUUCUCAAUGUCCUGGAAGCCAUUGAGCCAGGUGUGGUGUGUGCUGGACAUGACAACAACCAACCUGACUCCUUUGCAGCCUUGCUCUCCAGCCUCAAUGAACUGGGCGAGAGACAGCUUGUGCACGUGGUCAAGUGGGCCAAGGCUUUGCCUGGCUUCCGCAAUUUACACGUGGAUGACCAGAUGGCAGUCAUUCAGUACUCCUGGAUGGGACUCAUGGUGUUUGCCAUGGGCUGGAGGUCCUUCACCAAUGUCAACUCCAGGAUGCUCUAUUUUGCUCCUGACCUGGUUUUCAAUGAGUACCGCAUGCACAAGUCCAGAAUGUACAGCCAGUGUGUCCGAAUGAGGCACCUCUCUCAAGAAUUUGGUUGGCUCCAAAUCACCCCCCAGGAAUUCCUGUGCAUGAAAGCAUUGCUACUCUUCAGCAUAAUUCCAGUGGAUGGGCUGAAAAAUCAAAAAUUCUUUGAUGAACUUCGAAUGAACUACAUCAAGGAACUCGAUCGUAUCAUUGCAUGCAAACGAAAAAAUCCCACAUCCUGCUCAAGGCGCUUCUACCAGCUCACCAAGCUCCUGGACUCUGUGCAGCCUAUUGCAAGAGAGCUGCAUCAGUUCACUUUUGACCUGCUAAUCAAGUCCCACAUGGUGAGCGUGGACUUUCCGGAAAUGAUGGCAGAGAUCAUCUCUGUUCAAGUGCCCAAGAUCCUUUCUGGGAAAGUCAAGCCCAUCUAUUUCCAUACACAGUGAAGCUUUGGAAGCCCCCAUUUUCCUCCCCCACCUCACUCCCCUUUUCCAAUGUCUUCUGCCUGUUAUAACUCUGCACUACUUCUCUGCAGUGCCUUGGGGAAUUUCCUCUAUUGAUGUACAGUCUGUCAUGAACACGUUCCUGAGUUC